CUCAAAGGGAAGAGAAAAGGAGCGAAGAUAGAGCAGAGCCUGCAUCGGCAUCAAAGAAAGCUGUUGCAUCUAUGAUGGAGAAGCAGACAUCUUCUCUCGCUAAAAAUCUCCCUUCAAAGAAGGCCCCGUCCUUCUCGAACACAUCAGUAACUAAGCAGCCACUUAAACCUUCAGCUGGAAGUUUCAAAGGUGUCAUUCCCAAGAAACCUUGGCCUUCAUCAGGCAGUGUUCCUUCAUCAGGCACCGUUCCUUCGUCCGGCAAUGUUCCUUCAAAACCGUCCUCUCUUUCUCAUGGCUCAUCAGUUUCCAAAAAACCAGCUACAUCCUCCAGUUUGGGUGGAGGACUCAAAAAGCCUUCACUAUCUUCCAUUUCUACCGCGUCUGGAAGUAGUCAAGCAAAACCAUCAGCUAGCCCUAUCCAGUCACAACCCAACUCUCAGAUUCGACAAAAUAUUCGACGAUCCCUAAAAGAAAUUUUAUGGAAGAGAGUCAAUGAUAGCGAUGAUCUGGUCAUGACAGAGAGUGAAGUAGGGUUUUUUUUUAAAGUAGCCCUCAAUAUUGAAAAGGAGAUGUUUAAUUUGUUCCAAGUUACGGACAACAGAUACAAGAGUAAAUACCGUAGCAUCAUGUUCAAUCUCAAGGACCCCAAAAACCAGGGACUUUUUCAUCGUGUCCUUCGUGAGGAAAUCUCACUGUCCAAGCUAGUGAGAAUGAAACCAGAAGAACUUUUAUCUAAAGAACUGUCUGUAUGGAAAGAGAAGCCAGCUAAAGCAGUGAUAGAGUCAAGAAGCAAACCUCAUGAAAUCAAGAAAACGGCUGUAAAACGGGAGCAUGCGCCAGUUGUAAAUAUGGAAGAUUCUCCGCCAGUGUCUGAUUCUGACGAGCAGCAAGAGUCAGCCCGAACUGCACCCAAUUUAAACAGCGCUCCUUCUCUAGAUGUUUUUAGCAGCAUGUUGAAGGAUACAACAAGUCAACAUCGAGCCCAUCUUUUUGACCUGAACUGCAAAAUCUGUACAGGUCAGAUUUCAGCAUCCGAAGAUGAAGUACCACCUAAGAAGAUGAAGUCAGUGGCUCCGGUUAAAAAGGUGGAGUCAAAAUCAAAACCAGAAGCGCAGCCGAAGUAUGAAAGUUCUGCACCAGCCCCAGCAGCCGAGCCUGCCAAAGAGGCUGGCUCUGAGGACGCAGCGGAAACUGAAGUGGCACCAGCAGCAGAAACAGUUUCUCAGUCAAGCACAGAAGGGACUUACGUUCCUACAACCCAGGGCCACAACAAUACAGAUGUUUCUGUACCCGAAGAGGCUCCUGCUUUUCCCGCCUCCAGUGCUGGCGGAGUGGUCACGACCGUAACGGUUUCGGGCAGAGACCCCAGGACGGCGAUGAGCGGCUCCUCUGGUGUGGCGACGCCAGCCCUGCGAUCUGGUCCUGCCGCUGACAGAGUCUCAGGAGGGGAAACAAAGCAGGAAUCUUCAAAACCCGUUAUGACUGUCCCCAAAUCAAUAUUAACAAAACCAUCGUCCUCACCAGAUCCAAGAUACUUAGCAGUUCAUCAUUCACCCAAUAUCAAUGUUGCAGAGCCGCGCUCCCCUCAAGACAGCGACACGUCCCUCUUUCUCUCUCGUCUCAACACCAUUUGGAAAGGAUUUAUUAACAUGCAAAGUGUGGCCAAAUUUGUCACUAAAGCAUAUCCUGUCUCCGGGUGCUUUGAUUAUCUUAGUGAGGAUUUACCAGAUACAAUUCACAUUGGCGGGCGGAUCUUACCGAAGACAGUCUGGGAGUAUGUUGGCAAACUCAAAUCUUCGCUUUCUAAGGAGUUGUGUUUGAUCCGUUUCCAUCCUGCAACAGAAGAAGAAGAAGUUGCCUAUAUCUCUCUCUACUCCUAUUUUAGCAGUCGUGGUCGUUUUGGUGUUGUAGCUAAUAACAACAGACAUAUCAAGGAUCUCUACCUGAUCCCCCUGAGUACUAAGGACCCAAUUCCUUCCAAACUCUUGCCCUUUGAGGGACCAGGUCUUGAGUCAUCUCGGCCGAAUUUAAUUCUCGGGUUGGUCAUCUGUCAGAAAGGGAAACGUCCUGCCGCCGGCAUAGAAACAGAGAAGAUAGAGGAAAAGCGAAGCAGAAUUCAAGCACACGAGGAAACCGAAACAUCGCUGUUCUCUAAAGGGCCCCUAGCUGCUUCGCAAGAGAAGAAAACUCCGAAAUACACGCUUUAUUCAGGAGAUUCAGCUGUAAGUACAACACCGCCCGGAUCUCCUCCACCUCCACCACCGCUUCCCGUUCCAGACACCUCGGCUGUCACACCCUCAGUAUUAAAAAUACUGUCCUCAAUUAAAAGUGGAACCACAACUACUGUAACACCACCGGUGUCAACUGCUGCUUCCGCAAGCGUUACUGCUACUUAUUCUUCAUCCUCAAAAACUGCCACACCCCUCGAGCACAUCCUGCAAACGCUUUUUGGAAAAAAGAAAACUUUUGAGCCUCUUGCUAAAGACUCUGAGACUGUCCAGUCUUCAAAUCAGGAAGGUCAAGCCGCUGCUGAUGGAGGAAUGUCAGCUGUUCCCUUGUUAGAUCCCAUCGUGCAGCAGUUUGGGCAGAUGUCAAAAGACAGAGCUAUUGAGGAGGAGGAGGAUGACAGACCAUAUGAUCCUGAAGAAGAAUAUGGUCCAGAGAAAGCUUUUGAAAUGCAGACGGGUGACAGUGAAAAACGAUAUAAUGUGGAAAAGCCAUCUAAUACAGCAGAGCUGGAGGAUGAGGCCUACGAUCCAGAAGAUGAAACUAUCUUGGAAGAAGCAAAAGUUACCGUUGAUGAUUUACCUAACAAAAUGUACACAGACACUAAAAGCAAUUCUUCGGAAACAUCUGCUUCAUAUGUGCCUGAUUUAUCUGCAUCCUCGUCCUUGGUAGAACAGCAAAAAAUGUUGGAAGAAUUAAACAAACAAAUAGAAGAACAGAAAAGACAACUAGAGGAACAAGAAGAAGCCCUCAGGCAACAAAGAGCAGCUGUUGGUGUUUCAAUGGCUCAUUUUUCAGUGUCUGAUGCUUUAAUGUCACCACCACCAAAAUCUUCCCUAAUAAAGACUGAACUAUUCCAUCAGGACCAGCAAGCUACACAAAAAGUGGAUUUGCCUUCGUCUUUAAAUCAGCAAGCACAAGUUUUAAACCAGGGCUGUGACCCAAGGCAGAACAGAGAUCCUCGACAAGCCAGAAGAAUGGCGACAGUCGAGACUAACGACAGCGCUGAUUCUCGAAUAAAGCCACAAGUGAUACAGAACGAGAUAACCACGAGAGAAAUUGCUCCGGCAAGUUUUCCAAAUGCUUUGCAGACUUCACUUGGUAAAGAAGAUAAAACUUUAGUUUCUGCUACUCAGCCUGGUUUUAGUAGUGAUAAUUGGGUCUCAAGUGAAAAGGCUCCUACCGUGUCCCAGAAAGAGGCAUCUAAUAGCAAAUUUGAAACCACCGUUCAAGUUACUUUGGAAAACGUGAGUCAAACAGCUUCUGGAGAACCUUCUACAUCCAAACCUUUACGUAAAGUGCUGCUUCCAACACCUCCAAGUACAUCUUUUCAGCCUAAUUUCUCCGCAUCGAACGACAGUCAGUCUUUGCAAGAUAUGCAUAAAGUGCCGUGGUCAAAUGAGUCAAAGGAAGUCAUGGGAAGAGAUUCUUUUUCGAACACAAUGUUUACUUCUCAGGAAAAGGCAGCUGGUCACUUUGAACCAGAGAGGGGUCUUUCAUCAGUGCAAUACGACGAACAAAGGAAUCCUCAGUCUCAUCAAUUUGUAGAACAAACUGAAUCUCCAUCAGUCCAGACUGAGGGCGGACCUUCCCCACAGCACUUUGAAGAAAACCGAGGUGGGCCUCCAUUUUCUUUGUCUGGGCAAAAAGGAGGGCCUCCACCACCACUGCUGCUCAAUGCUCCUGGAGGACCUCAUGGACCUAAUUUUAGAGGACCAGCACCACAGUUCUCUGAAGAGCAUGGUUCUCCAAAUAACGAUGGGCAAAGAGGACCUCUGUCUGGAAGAUUUGGAGGUCAAAAGGGUCCCAUUCCUUCCUUAUUUUCUACACAGCAUGGACCACCGUCUCUUUUUGGUGAUAACAGGGGCCCUGCCCCUUCUUAUCAUGGUGUUCCAAGAGGAAUGUCACCGUCUCAGUUUGAAGAUCGUAGGGAACCUCACAUGGAACAAAGGGAAUUCUCAGAUUCCCAAUAUAAUGAAAUGAUUAGGCCUCCAGGACAGUUCGAAGGACCAGAGCCACCUCAGUUUAUGGGAAACAGAGGACCUUCGCCUUUUCCUUUUGGAGGUCAAAGACGACCCCCACCCGCUCAGUUUAAAGGGCAGAGAGGAGGCCCUCAGUUUGGAGGGCCAAGAGGCCCAGCCCCGAGUCAUUUUGGGGGACCAAGAGGGCCUCACCCGAAUCAAUUUGAAGGGCAGAGAGGCCCAGCGCCAAAUCAUAUACCUGGUCCAAGAGGACUUUUGCCACAGCCAUUUGAAGAACGGAGAGGGAGUCCACCACCCAGAUUCACCAACCAGCGAGGUCCAGCACCGCUUCAGUUUGGGGGACCAAGAGGAGCCGCACCUGCACUGUUUCCAGAGGAAAGUGAACCUCCCCCUUCUAGAUUUCAUUUCCAAGGUCAGUCAUCGCAAGGUAUGAAGCCAACCCCAAGACCACUCCUGGACCUUCCAAGCCAUCCACCAUCCCACAGAAAAGAGAUGUGGGAGGAAGCUGGACCAUCUGCAUCUCUUUCCAAUAUUUCUGGACAAGGAUCUGAGUCGGAAGGACAGUGGUCAGCAUCUGAAUUCCGAGAAGGCAAAAGUCCUGAAUUUAGAGGCCAGGCUUUUGAAGGCAGACAGAGAGAGAGGUACGAGGGAGCAAAUAAAGACAAGGGUUUAGAUCAGCCGGAGCCUCAGCAAGCAGAUAAUCGACAAGGCAGACCCUUUGAGGAAAGACGAAGGGAACGAGAGCAUGGCAGACCUUGGGACAGAGACCGUGGCAGAAACUGGAACAGAGACAGGGACUGGGAGAGACACAGAGACAAGGAAUGGGAUAAAAAUAGAGACAGAAACCAAAACAAAGAGAGAGAGAAGGAUUCCGAGCGGGCUAAAGAAUGGGAACGAAACAGAGACCGAGAGAGAGCGAGAACCCGAGAGAGAGAAUCCUACAGAAGACGUGAUCGAGAGCGAUCAAGAAGCAGAGACAGAGAUCGCGACCGAGAGAAAGACAGGGACCGAGAUCGGAGCAGGGAAAAAGAAAGGGAUCGAGAGAGAGACCGAGAUCGUGACAGAGAAAGAGGGAAAGAUCGCAAAGAUCGGAGUAAGAGUAGGGAAAUUGGUAAAGAGAUGAAGCCAGAAACACCGAAGGAAACUCAGAAAACAACAGAAACAGAAGCUUCAUCUUCUACCAAUCAGUCAUAG